AUGGAAAGCAGAACCGUGUGUAACCAAAACUAUCUCCUGCUUGAAACGAUCGAACAUGGCUCUCGGGAACAGGCCAUUCAGUUCCUUUCUAGAAAACAUUCAACGUCUCCGGAUGAACUCAACAAAUCGCUUAUUUCGGCUUGUCGUCGUGGCUAUAAAAUCAUUGCACAACACCUUGUUCAGUGUGGGGCAAAUGUCAACUACAGGGACUCCAACGGGAACACGCCUUUGAUGGUUGCCGUAGAAAAGAGUCACAUUGAGGUAAUUAAGUAUCUUCUAACUUGUAACGUCGUCGAAAUCAAUGCUACUAACUGUGCGGGUAACACGGCUUUGAUUCUGUCUGUCUGUUCAUCUAGAUCCAAAGAUGUGACGAAACUUCUGCUGGGGCAAGCAAGAAUAGACAUUAACCAUCAGAAUAAAGAUGGCUACACGGCUAUCAUGCUGGCAGUUGAAGCCAGUGACAUAGAUACGGUAAAUCUGCUGCUUGAUGAGUAUUUCAAACUCGAUGUGUUGAAUAUUUAUGAGCAGGAGGAAAAUGGGAACUCGGAAAUUUCCGUGGAAUAUGUUACAGAAUGGAAAAUUUUGGAUGAAACUGUAAACUGCAAGGGGGAAAAUGCGCAAGAGGUUGCUGAAAAAUAUGGGAUUGGAAAUGUGUUUCAGCUGUUAAAAAAGUAUAAAAUUACUGGGUUGUCACCAUUAGAGCUUGCAAUGGAAGAGCGGGAUCUUAAAUCAUUUUGUUUGUUGUUGCAUUGUGAGUUGAUGUACACGACGGACAUGAAGAAGUGUGUCGACGAUGCUUUUACAGCCAUUUUCAAAUCGUAUUGCCUAAAAGGCGUGAAACAGUUUAAGGAGACUGAUCUGGCAAUGAUUCAAGCUUUGCUCAAAUGUGGAGCAGACGUCAACGCCAGCUGGUUUGAUGAUAAGUUCCUCUAUAGGCGCUUCCCUCUUCGCAAUCAGCGUUGCUACGGAAGACUAACAGACCCGCUGAUAACCGCCUCGAAGCUUGGCUUUUACAAUAUUGUUGAACUUUUGUUGGCAUAUAAAGCAGAAACAAACAGGUACGAAUUCGCGAAUUCUGCCCUGAACUUUGCUUUGAGCUGCGGCCAUAUUGACUGUGCCAAACUUCUUCUUCAACAUGGGGCAAAACUUGAUGUCCAUCAAGCAUUAGAGAUCGCAGUUGACCAGCAAGUUCCGAAGUAUUGCAACUUUUUAUUUGACAAUUACAAUCAGGAAAUUAUGCAUUAUUUCAUGGAAAACCUGCAGAUUCAAAACGAGUUACUCAUUUCAGCGGUAAAAGGCGGUAAUCUUGAGAUUAUUGGUAAGAUUUUGGAUACAGGGAUAGACAUCAACGAAACAAUCUUUCCUGGAGUCACUCCUCUAGCAGAGUCCAAGAAUGGAGAAGUUGCUCAGUUUCUCAUUGAUAGGGGAGUAGAUGUAAACCACGUCACCAGAGUUGGUUGUAAAAAGCAGACGCCCCUGAUUACAGUGUUCAUUGAGAGGUAUAAAUAUGACUGUUGCGCGGAGAAGGUGAUUCAGGUGUUGCUGGACAAUGGGGCCCAGGCAAAUGUUUCAGGCUGGGACGGAGAAACGCCGCUGAUAGUGGCAGCUCUUAGAGAAGGAAGUUGUAGAGUGCUUCAGCUUUUGUUGGAUCAUGGUGCUGAGCUGUGUGGCACUGAUGAAGAAGGCAACACUGCUCUCAUGCAUGCUGCACUUGAAGGCUGUUCUCAGAAUGUAUCAUUUCUGCUGCAGUGUUCUGAAGGAAAGUCAGAAUUUGUGAAUUUACAAAACCAUAAGGGUUUAACAGCUCUCAUGUGCGCCGUAACCAGUCGAAAUAUCACUAUGAUCAAAGAACUUAUCGCUCAGGGAGCAAACGUCAACAUCAAAGACGCCAAUGGAAACACUGCUUUACUGCACUCUCUGAACCAGUUUCCAGCCCCGGACGAUGUGAUCCCAAUUUUUCUGAUCCAAUCAGGAUGUGACGUCAACUGUCAGAACAGGGAUGGUCUCUCGCCUUUAAUGCUGGCAGCAAAAAACUGCUUCAAAGACACAAUCUCAGCUUUGCUUGACUCCGGAGCAGAAAUCAACGCUGUAAGCAAGAAAGAUCGCACAAAAACAGCACUAACACACCUAUCAAGCAUCACCGAACUCGGCUGCGACCUCACUAAAGAUCAUUUUGCAUGUAUGGACUAUCUACUCGACAGGGGAGCGAACGCAGCGUAUUUAAGCGCAGUUGCUUUCCACAAACUUAUUCACAGUGGCCAAGUUCUACUUAUUUCUAAACUGUUGUCUCGUGGAUUACCACCAGUUGAUAUUACACCCACACAAGCGCUUUUGGUUAGAAACGAACUGAAUAAUAUUACUUCACUCUCACCCGUUAGUUCAGCAUUGAUGGCUGGAAAUGUCUCGCUUGGCGUCUAUUUUAUGGAAAACCUCUAUCUGACCAGUUCUGAUAUUCCAGCGUUGACCGAUAGGCAUGCAUUGCGACUGUAUCUUGAGAGAAAGCAGUACGACGACUGCCUUACUUUCCUGAAUGACUUCCCAACGCACUCAGUAACGUUGUUCAACUUGUCGUUUGUGGCUGUGUCAUUGGCUGUAGGGACUUCCUCUAAUCGUGAGGUCAGGGUUAACAAAUUGCCGUUGCCCCAGGUUUUUAAAGACAAACUUCUCUUUAAGUCGCAGACCAUGGCAUCAACAACUCGACCAGCAAGUAACCAUACGUGGCCACACUAA